UUUCCCUCCUAGACCCGCCGCCGCUUAGGUGCUGCGGUCUACGAGCGGCGCCGCGCGGGCAGGGCCGCGAGCGGCUGCGGCGGCGCGAGGGCGCAGAAGCGGGGGCCUGUAGCUGUGGCUGGCCGCCGGCCGGACGGUGAUGCGGCCUGCGAGCGUGGGGGACGGAGGUGGCUGUGACUGGUGUCGGCGCUGACUGGAGGAGUACUGCAGUUGUGCAUGACUACAUUGGUUCGGCUCACCGGAAGAGCAGCUUCCUGGAGCAGGAGUGGCAAAUCGGCGGCGCCCUCUCGUCUCGGCUUGUUUUCACAGCAUCGGAGGGCGUUUCAGGGCGUGAGAAUGGCGAAUGCUGGCAGCAAGAGUGGGCGUGGUGCUCUGAUUGUACUGGAAGGGUUGGACCGGAGUGGCAAAUCAUCACAGUGUGCUCGGCUGCUGUCCUAUCUGGAAGGCCAAGGUUGGCGUGCUGAAGGGUGGCGGUUCCCGGAUAGGGGCACCAGUGUUGGGCAGAUGAUCUCUGCCUACCUGGCAAAUGAGUCGCAGCUUGAUGACAGAACGGUUCAUUUGCUCUUCAGUGCAAACCGCUGGGAGAAAAGAGCUUUGAUGGAAAGCAAGCUACUUGGUGGAACUACUCUCAUCGUAGACUGUUAUUCUUAUUCUGGAGUGGCUUUCUCAGCUGCUAAAGGGCUUGAUAUUGAAUGGUGCAAGGCUCCAGAUGUUGGACUUAUAGCUCCAGAUCUUGUAAUUUAUCUGGAUGUACAACCAGAGAAAGCGGCUGAAAGAGGGGGCUAUGGUGGUGAGCGAUAUGAGAAGAUUGAAUUCCAAAAGAGAGUUGCAGAUCAUUAUCAUUCACUCAGUGAUUCGACAUGGAAGAUUGUUGAUGGUUCCCUUUCAAUGGAGACCGUGGAAGAACAGCUGAGAGAACUGGCUACGAACUGCAUUCAGGAGUCUCAAGAGAAGCCACUUACCAAUCUGGCUUGGUGAAGCGCCACCAUCCCGUGAAGAAACACAGCUCAGCAAAGGCUGAUACAUCCGCAUCUUUAUGUGAUCCACCGUUUGCUGGUGAUGAGAAAUUAGGCAUCUGGCAAAGCUUUCAUUUACCAUUCUCUGUAUCACCGUCCCGUGUGCAAUAUACAUUUCCACAUUUGAUUGGUGUUUUCAGAUAACAUUCUUUUCUACACUUAUUUCUCAGAAAGUUUAUGCUGGCGUUCAGGUUG